UCUCUUGCAGGCAAAUUCAAAGAGCAAGCAACCUCAAACUCAGCUUGGCUGCCGGUACUCAAUUCGAAAGUGCCCGAACCCAGACCGGGCACAUGCACCAACGAUACAGCAGCGCUGCCAGAUUCGGUGUUAAAUUUCAUACGCAAACAUCCGCUAAUGGACAAGGCGGUCGAUCAUGAAUUCGGCAAUCCAGUAUUUUAUAAAAGGGAUAUCAUACUCACCAAGUUGGUGGUAGAUAGAAUUCGCAUCGACAAACUAAAUCAAGAGUAUCUGGUGUAUUUCGUUGGCACCAGCACCGGCCUCAUCUACAAAAUCGUGCAAUUCAUACGCUACGGUCAACGCUUCUCCAAUCUGCUCGACGUGCUGGAGGUGGCCUACAAUGAGCCAAUACGCGAGAUGGGUUUGAGUCAGAAGACGGGCUCAUUGUACUUGGCUACGGAUCACAAUGUGAAGCAAAUCGAUUUGGCGAUGUGCGCCCGCCGCUACGAUUCGUGUUUCCGCUGUGUGGCCGAUCCGUAUUGCGGCUGGGACAAGGACGCGAGCACCUGCAAGCCAUACCAGCUGGGACUGCUGCAGGAUGUUGCCAAUGAAACUUCCGGUAUUUGUGACACGAGCGUUUUGAAAAAACGCAUCACCGCCUCGUACGGCCAGACACUGCAUCUGUCGUGUUUCGUCAAAAUCCCUGAGGUGCUGCGGCAGAAGUCGGUGCGUUGGUAUCACCAUUCAACGGAGCGAGGACGCUAUGAAAUAAUUUACAGUCCCGCAAAGUACAUUGAAACCUCAGAGGGUGGUUUGGUGAUUAUAUCGGUGAAUGAAGGCGAUGGCGGACGAUAUGACAGUUACCUGGAUGGCACGCUGCUGUGCAGUUAUAGCGUCAAUGUCGAUGCGCACAGAUGUACGCCGCCUUCGAAGAAAAACGAUUACCAGAAAAUUUACUCGCAUUGGUGUAAUGAAUUCGAGAAAUACAAGUCGGCCAUGAAGCAAUGGCAGGCCAAGCAGGAGCAAUGCAAUUUGAAGGAGAAGGCGAAUGGAAAGCAUAUAAAUGAAGUCUAUAGUAAUGAUGCUGUGGUCUGACCGCCAGGUAAGAAUGGACUGUCUUAUAAACUUAUGGUUUUGUUAGUAAAAAAAUUUAGAAGACAGCUCAGGAAAGAGCCUAGGAAAUUAUUUCUAAUAAUAGUUAAUGAAGAAUUAUAGCUGAAUUUAGGCAAAUUUACUUACUGAUAUCAUUUCAUUGGAAGGAGCAUCGAAUUUGAAGUAUUCACAAAUGCAAACCGCUCUACAACUAAUAAGCCACUUAAAUAUUCGCAAAAACGUGGUUCAAAUAUCAGGCCGAUGUUUUGUAUCAUUUAUACAUUUACUUGAUUCAAUUAUUACUUCCGAGUAUACUUUUUUCGUUCGACUUCUUUGAAAUCUGAUUGAAUUCCAAGAAAUCGAAAUCAGGAAAAUAUAUGGGAAAUCCUGCUGGAAUUCGAAAGAUUUCGUGAAUGUAGUAUCUAUAGGAAAACAAGCACAAAACAAAAAAUUUAAAUAUCAAUAUUAAAAAGGGUGCCUACAUACAUACAUUCAAGCAGUAAGAAAUUAUUUAAUUCGCUAAAACUAAAAAAAUGUAUGCUAAUAAGGAGAGUCUUUACCAAAAGGAUAACUUUUGAUGUCACUCUUUCUAUCGCAAGAUGUUAAAUAUUAGGGUUGCCACAUACAUAUUUUUAAUUUUAGCCGAAUUCAAAAAAGGAGGAAGGUUAUCAAUUGAUCGGAAUAUUUUUUGUCUGUAUGAUAUCGGAUAAAUUUGGACCACGUAAAUCGUCUUCGAUAAUAAC